GUCCUGCCUUGCCCUGCCUCACCCACCAGGGCCACCACACACACCCUCUCUCUCUCUGUAACAACCCAAGAUGUCCAAGAUCUUGUCCACUUUCGUUUCACCUAUCGUCACUGCCCGGAUUUGAGGGCUGUCCAAUCCUUCGUGUUGCUAUUGCAUUCUUGUUCUUGCGCGUCCUAAUAAGGAUACCUGAAAAACUCACAAAUCCUUCACGCAUUCCUGCCAACUCGUUUGGAUCUCGUUCAAUUCUUUGCGACGAGAUACGAGUUUGAUUGCCACACUCGAAUACGGGAACUUGGCAGCAGCGUCGAUAACUACGGAAACUGCGAAACUGACUAGGAGAUUGGGAGAAAUGAAUGGGAGAAAUUGGAAUCGGAGUUGAAAUUUCAGUCACAAAAAGAGAUCCCGUUCGGAGCAUUCGAUAGCACCUUGAUUCACCAGAGUCAACAGAUUGACUCGAGAGAUUAAAAUACACCGGGAAUUUGAUGGUGGAAACACAAAGUUGGGAAACUUGAGAGUUUGCUUGGGAAGAAGGAAUAGGACCCAAAAUAAUCUAAAUCGAGUGAGGAUCAACAAAUAACUGGAACUACCAACCGGCAACAAAUCUUAUGCCAUCCAAAGGUACUCCUCACUUGCGACACACAGUUUAAGUUGUCGCAUUCAACAAACUUGAGAAUCAAGUCCGACCACGCCGCCACCCAAAGGCACGUUCCGACUUCUAGAAUUUGUUGUGUACCAACAUCACAUUUCACAAUGCCACAUAUUACAACAGCGAUGGAGUGGAGUAGGAGGAGGGGAAUUGGAGAAAUAUUGGUCGAUAGCUUUUUGAGGAAAAGAUCAAUUACAGGAGAUGUCACAAGUGUGAAGGACUCUUUUAGUUCGUGGUCAAAUUGUAUGGCAGCUACAUAUUGCAAAUGGCCUGUCAUAGCAGCAAUUAUUAUCGGUGGCUUGAUGGUCUUUUCUAUAGUCUGGUGUAUAAUAAGAUGUGCUUGUUGUGGCAUGUCCUGUUGUUGCACUUGCUUUUCUUUUCUUAAAUGUUGUGAUUGUUGUGGUGGCUGUUGCGAUGGUAAAAAGGACCGUCCUCACAAGCAUCUUGACGAUUAUCCACCUCCAAACCCAAAUCUAGGCUAUCAAGCCCCAGCCCCAAUGAUGGGCGGCGCUCUUCCUGCACGCCCCGAACCACCCAAAUAUGCAACAUUUGAAGUGGGCAAAAAUGGCCUCGCGGUCGAUCCGCCAAAGACUAUCUCAGAAGAUGCAUUACCACCGAUGCCGACGUGGGAAAACGCGAGCAAAGUACAUGUAAAUGAUGACGAGAAAGGUGAUAUGGGCAUGGAAUUGAAGGAGCUAGAUCCUGUCACGGGACAGAAAAUGCCAUUGAUGAAUGGAGGUGUCGCCAAUAGUCAUCCCAAUAGCCCAGCGGUUGGACCAGGGGAAAGCCCUUAUGGAAGACAACCUCAGGGUAUGAAUAAUGGGUUCAUGAAUCCACAGGAUCCAUAUAACCAAAGUCAAGGCAAUUUAGGAGGAAAUGGAAAUGGUAGAGGAUAUGGCCUAGGAGGAGCGCCGAAUGCAGGAAUGACCCCCGAUCCGCUCAUUGGCUAUAGGGGAACGCCUCCUCCCAUGGGCCCGGGUAAUCAACAAGAUGGAAUGGGAUAUAGAGGGACGCCAGGACCUGGAUCAGUAAUCGCAAUGGGAAAUGCAGGUAUGGGAUAUAGAGGAACGCCUCCACCUGGUGGUCGAGGAUAUCGCGGUGCACCUUCACCAGGCCCAGGAAUGAAUCGUGGACCAGGACAAUUUAGAGGUGGACCAUCCCCAGCACCAAGCCGAGGAUAUGGAGGAUCACCUCAGAGUCAAGACUUUGAACCAACUAUGCCACAAGAAUUUCCUUCCAAUGGCGGUUUCAAUGAUUCACCAGUCUCAGCAUACGGUCAAGCAGAACCAAUGUACGAUAAUCGACCAUACCCUGCCCAACCAUCACGUCAAUUUUCCAAUGAUUCCCCAAGGCCAUUGAACCCAGGAAGAUCAUACACCAACAACACUGAGCAGUCGUAUCAAUCCUACCAAUCAGAUGUUUCCUCCAAUGUCGGUACAUAUCCUCCCCCACGCAUGCCUUCUAGGGGACCUGGACCGAAUGGAGCGAAUGGAAUGAUGUCACCCGGCCCUCAGAUGGGAGGUUAUGGUGGUCCGCAACAAAGAGGGUUGAACAAUCGUUCACCUGCACCACUACAACAGCAACAAUCCAUAUAUGGACAGGGACAGGAUAAUUACGACUACGGAGCGCAGAGAAACAUGACAAGAAGUCCCCCACAGCAGCAAGAGACAUCAGUGUAUCCAGGAUACAAACCUUAUUCUCCACCAGAGCCCGAGACACCAGCAUAUCCAGGAUAUAAACCCUACACUCCAGCUCCUAGAUAGUGAUUGGGGGAUUUAAGGUUAACGACAAGGGUUCGAAAGAAAGCGGGGUGCUAGGGAUAGCCGGUCGAGCGGUACAAUUUAAGGAGUAUAUAACUGUUUGGACAUAUUGGGGUUUAGGGAAAUGGCGUAUUGAGGCGUUUAUAAUGGCUCAUGAAUUCAAGUGCUAUUGGGAUAUUCUUCAUUUGAUGCAUAGGAUGCAAGCGUUUAAAAGACAUUUAGUUGGAUGGUAUAGGGAUAUUUUGAUGAAUACCUCUUGGUUCUUUGGGGGGAGGGGGGCUUUUUUUGGGAAUUGAUGCAACAAGCAAGUGUCUUCGGAAAUUUUCUGGAGUUUUUAUUGUAUAUGUAUAUUCAUGAAUUCUUUUUAGGGGAAGGUUUAGAUACCCCUUGCCUAGCAUGGAUCUAUUUAAGUGUGAUCAGGAUCAUUUUCUGUCUUUCCGGAUAUUGUCCGAUCAUUUUCUGAGAUUGCUGGUAAAAAUUUGUCUAGGAACGAAAGGAUCUUUCGUUCUUAUCAUGUAUAUACACUCCAUUCAAUAAACCUUUAUUUUCGUUUUUACGUACCCA